AUGGACAGUGAUGCUGGAUUUUACUCUAAUUUUAGUGAUAAAUUCGGUUGGUUUUUGAUUGCUGUACUCAGGAAGACGCUGACGCACAGGGGUCGCUGUCUGGUGCUGAGGCCCACGGAAGGCAGCAAGGCGGGCAUCCGCCAGCACAGGAGAGCCCGGGAGGGAGCACUUCGCCCGCCCUCGCCGCCCACUCCCAGGCCCCUUACCUGUUCAUCCGGUCGCGGUCAUUCACGCUGCUUUUCUUCAGCAAGAGGAGGUGCUGGACCCUGGCUCCAUCCCCGUCGCUGGCGGCCUUUUGGAGCUUCCGGAGAUCCUUGUGUCGCAUGCGGUAGCCGAAUUUGGCUUCAAUGCCAUUCUCGCACCCGAUGGAGGACCUCUUUGAAGCCCACCAGACAAUUUUCCUCAUCCUCGAGGCUACUAGUGGCGUUUCGCUGCUUCUGGAACACAAAAACACGGCAAUCAACUGGUCGGACCACCACGGUGCCACAGCGCGGCUCCGCAGUCUGCAGUCUCUCAGCUCAGAAUGAACAGCCGUUGCCAAGCAACGCUGCUGUACACAUUCCGCAGUGUGCGCCUGAGAAGGUGGAGGCGACACGCAUGCGCACAAAGGCCUUGUGGGCACAGGGCAUCAGUGCACAAGUGUCAAGUCGUGGUCUCUCACAUAGGAGCGACUCCAAAAGUCAAAGGCGGUGGAGACCCUUAUCCACAGCGAGGUUUGCACUGGAGAACACACUUCCAUCAUCUUUGAAAUCACAGUCACAGCCUGUUGUCCGUGCAUCUGCUAAAUUCCACUGGCGACAGGCUGGAACACCAAGAGCUGUGGAAGGGUAAUAAACUGAGACGUGAAGAUUUCUAAACAAAAUAUGGGGGGAGGUGGCACUGUGGCAUAGCAGGAAAAGCCGCCACCUGAAGUGCUACCGGCAUCCCUUAUGGGCGCUGGUUCUAGUCGGGGCUGCUCCACUUCCGAUCCAGCUCUCUGCUUUAGCCUGGGAAAGCGGAAGAUGGCCCAAGUCCUUGGGCCCCUGCAUCCACCUGGGAGACCCGGAAGAAACUCCUGGCUCCUGGCUUUGUAUCGGCACAGCUCUGGCCAUUGCAGCCAAUGGGGGAUUGAACCAUCAGAUGGAAGACCUCUCUCUCUCUCUCUGCCUCUCUGUAACUCUGCCUUUCAAAUAAAUAAUUUUUUUUUAAAAAAAGGAAGUGUGUUGGGUAGUUUUCUGAGGUAGGAAACUUCAACUUCUUGAGGUUCCAUGCUACUCAGGCCCCAGUUGUAUGCAUAGAUUCCACCCUACAGGCAGAGGGAACUUUCUUUCCCUAAAUGGUGCAAUACUCAGUCAAGUGUCAGUGAUUUUGUUUCUUCAAUUUUUUGGAUUAGCAUGAAAUCCCUUAUAUUUUAUGGAGUAUUGUGCAAUAUUCCAACAGUUACGUGUAGCAUAAAACUGGCUAUAGUUACCCUGCUCUUCUGUGGAACACCAGGGCCCAUUACCUCGACUCAGAUGCAUUGUGCUGCUCAUUACCAGACCUCCUGCCAUGCUCCGUAUUUCACAGGCACAAUUUGUAACUCUUAAUGCUAAAACUGAGUGAAAUAGGAAUAAAUAUGGUUGACAUUGGAAAAAUCAUUUACUGUGUGAUAGAAGCACCAAAACCAUUUGUAAAUUCAAUCUGUAUGAGUUGGAAUUGAAGGACUAGUGCAUGAGGGCUGUUAUGUUUUACUUUUUUUUUUUUUUUUUUUUUUUUU